GGGACCUGGGCCUGGAACAACUGCUGACUAAUUCGCGGGCGGCGAGGGAGGGGGUGGCGCGCCGGGCGGUCGGCCGGGGGUCACGCGUUCGAAUGCAAGCAGAAUGGUUUUAGGGUGCUCGGGCCUCGGCGGGAAGCUACAGUCCCUAUUCCCAGCCGGGCGCCCCGCCCGGCUCUUGGCGGGCGGGGGGCGCGCUCCGCAAAGGGGAAACUGAGGCCCAAGGAAUUUGGGUACUUUUCCUAGUCACAAAGCUGAGUCCGACCCACACCUUGGGACCCCCACUCUCUCCAUCACCCGGAAGACUCUUCCGGGUCCUUGCCUUCCCAUUCUGUCCUACGGCUUCCCAAUAAGGGCAGGAUUUUCUUAAUCCCCAUUUUACAGAAGAGGAAGGAGAGGCUCAGAGGUUGGACAGCUUGCCCAGGGAUGCACCACAGGAGGAAGCGGAUGCUGGAACGUUCCUGUGGAAAGGGGGGCUAGGGCCAGAGGGGCUGUGCUGGGGCUCUGUGGAAGCACACAGCCCCAAGACUGCCCUUGACCACCUUUAGCCAAGCCAUGUAUGACAGAAGCUCCCCUGGCUUACUGUCCCCAGCACUGCCUCUUGCCUCCUCAGUCCUGAUGCUGCUAAUGAGCUGUCUGUGGCUGGUGGGGGCCGGCCCCAGCCUUGCCCUGGCUCCGGAGCUGCUGCUGGACCCCUGGCAGGCACACAGGCUGCUGACCCAUGCUGUGGGCCACACGGCCCUACCUAGCCUGCUGUUGAGUCUGUUGCUCCUGCCCACGCUGGGCUGGUGGCAGGAGUGCCACCUGGGCACGCUGCGGUUCCUGCAUGCCUCCAUCCUGCUCGCCCUGGCUGCUGGGCUAAUGGCUGUGCUGCUGGCAGGCCUCGGGGUGUCCAGUGCAGCUGGUGGCUGCGGGUACAUGCCUGUCCAUCUGGCCAUGCUGGCAGGGCAGGGUCACCACCCUAGAUGGCCCCAUGGGGCACUGCCGCCAUGGCUAUCGCCAUGGCUACUGCUCAUCCUGACACCACUGCUCACUUCUGAGCCACCCUUCCUGCAUCUCCUCUGUGGUCUCCUUGCUGGCCUGGCCUACGCAGCUGGGGCCUUCCAGUGGCUGGAGCUCUCCGAGCGGCGGCUGCAGGUGCUGCAGGAGGGCUUCUUGUGCAGGGUCUUGGCGGAGUGCUGGCCACUCAGGCUCCUUCCCACCCCAGGCAGCGUGGCUGAGCUGCCUUUCACCCUUCCUGGAGUGAGGCUUUCCACCCCUGGGCCUCCUCACAUGGCUUCCUCCAGGCUUUGGUCCCACAGCGAAGACUCAGCCUUGUUUCCGCCAGGCCUGGGGCCUAUGCAGCCGGCGUGGGACGGCUCCUCAGAGGCCGGCCUGGCCUGGACCGGGCCCAGCUUCCCCACAGGGACCCCGCUGUGGGCAGCCCUAGAUGAGCAGAUGCUGCAGGAAGGGAUCCAGGCCUCGCUCCUUGAGGGGCAAGCCCAGGUUCCCAAGAGCUCACUGUGGCUGCCUAAGUCUUCUGUCUCCUCUCUACGGCUGCAGCAGCUGGAGCGCAUGGGCUUCCCCACGGAGCAGGCAGUGGUGGCACUAGCAGCCACAGGUCGCGUUGAGGGUGCCGUAUCACUGCUGGUCGGUGGGGAGGUGGGCACUGAGGCCCUGGUGACCGAGGGGAGGGGUGGGCCCGCUCACCCCGAGGGUCCUGGGCCCCCCUAGCACAGGUCGGCCCUCAGGUGACAAGAGGUGUGGCUUAUGUGUUCAGUAGUCCGAGUCCCAGCGUGCCAAGUCACAGUGGGUGCAGGAGAGGCCCCUACAGCACCCUGUACUGGUGCUGCUCAGAAUAAAACCAGUUCACUUUUCA